AGCUCCCUGCAGAAGAAGGGAAGUCCCUCUGGGAGUUGGUGCUGGAGCAGUUUGAAGAUCUCCUCGUCCGCAUCUUGUUGAUGGCAGCUUUUCUGUCAUUCAUCCUGGCCUGGUUUGAAGAAGGAGAGGAGACCACGACAGCAUUUGUGGAGCCCAUCGUCAUUAUUAUGAUCCUGAUCGCCAAUGCCGUGGUGGGUGUGUGGCAGGAGAGAAACGCCGAGAGCGCCAUCGAAGCCCUGAAGGAGUACGAGCCCGAGAUGGGGAAGGUGAUUCGCGCCGACCGCAGUGGGGUGCAGCGGAUCCGUGCCCGGGACAUCGUCCCCGGGGACAUCGUGGAGGUGGCAGUUGGCGACAAGGUGCCAGCGGACAUCCGGAUCAUCGAAAUCCGGUCCACCACCCUGCGGGUCGACCAGUCCAUCCUCACAGGGGAGUCUGUGUCGGUGAUCAAACAUGCUGACCCCAUCCCUGACCCCCGGGCUGUCAACCAGGACAAGAAGAACAUGCUUUUCUCUGGCACCAACAUCGCAGCUGGGAAGGCUGUAGGGGUUGUCAUUGCGACAGGGGUGUACACCGAGAUUGGGAAGAUCCGAAACCAGAUGGUGGAGACAGAGCCCGAGAAGACCCCCUUGCAGCAGAAGCUGGAUGAGUUCAGCCAGCAGCUCUCCAAAGUGAUUUUCCUGGUGUGCAUCGCCGUCUGGGUCAUCAAUGUCAGCCACUUCAGUGACCCCGUCCAUGGGGGCUCCUGGUUUCGGGGGGCCAUCUACUAUUUCAAGAUUUCGGUGGCACUGGCGGUGGCCGCCAUUCCUGAGGGCCUCCCGGCCGUCAUCACCACCUGCCUGGCGCUGGGCACACGUCGCAUGGCCAAGAAGAACGCCAUCGUGCGGAGCCUGCCCUCGGUGGAGACCCUGGGCUGCACCUCCGUCAUCUGCUCCGACAAGACUGGCACCCUCACCACCAACCAGAUGUCCGUCUGCCGGAUGUUCAUUAUGGAGAAGGCGGAGGGCACCCAGUGCAGCCUGCAUGAGUUCAGCAUCACCGGCUCCACCUAUGCCCCCGAGGGACAGAUCCUGAAGGACGAGCAGCCGGUGCAGUGCGGGCAGUACGACGGGCUGGUGGAGCUGGCCACCAUCUGCGCCCUCUGCAACGACUCCUCGCUGGACUACAACGAGUCCAAAAAAGUCUAUGAGAAGGUGGGGGAAGCCACUGAAACAGCCCUGACGUGCCUGGUGGAGAAGAUGAACGUCUUCAACACUGACACCAGCAAACUCUCCAAGGUGGAGCGAGCCAACGCCUGCAAUUCGGUGAUCAAGCAGCUGAUGAGGAAGGAGUGCACUCUGGAGUUCUCCCGCGACCGCAAGUCCAUGUCGGUGUACUGCACACCCACUGGCCCUGGCCACAACUCCGCCGGCAGCAAGAUGUUUGUCAAGGGCGCCCCGGAAAGCGUGAUCGAGCGCUGCACCCACGUCCGCGUGGGCACUGCCAGGGUCCCACUGACGGCCCCGGUGCGGGAGAAGAUCCUGGGCCGGAUCCGGGACUGGGGUAUGGGCAUCGACACGCUGCGCUGCCUGGCCCUGGCCACCCACGACGCGCCUGUCCGCAGGGAGACCAUGCAGCUGCACGACUCCGCUGCGUUCAUCCACUACGAGAACAACCUGACCUUCGUGGGCUGCGUGGGGAUGCUGGACCCUCCCCGCAAGGAGGUCACCUCCUCCAUCGAGAUGUGCCGCAAGGCCGGCAUCCGUGUCAUCAUGAUCACCGGCGACAACAAGGGCACGGCAGUGGCCAUCUGCCGCAGGAUCGGCAUCUUCUCAGAGAGCGAGGAUGUCACCAGCAAAGCCUACACGGGCCGGGAGUUUGACGAGCUUCCCCCCGAGGCACAGCGGCAGGCGUGCCGCGCUGCCCGAUGCUUCGCCCGCGUGGAGCCAGCACACAAGUCCCGCAUUGUGGAGUACCUUCAGUCCUUCCACGAGAUCACCGCCAUGACGGGCGAUGGUGUCAACGAUGCCCCGGCCCUGAAGAAAGCGGAGAUUGGCAUCGCCAUGGGGUCAGGCACGGCCGUUGCAAAGUCAGCCGCCGAGAUGGUGCUCUCUGACGACAACUUCUCCACCAUCGUGUCGGCUGUUGAGGAGGGCAGAGCCAUUUACAACAACAUGAAGCAGUUCAUCCGUUAUCUCAUCUCCUCCAACGUCGGGGAGGUCGUUUGCAUCUUCCUGACAGCCAUUCUAGGCUUGCCCGAGGCCCUCAUCCCUGUGCAGCUGCUGUGGGUGAAUCUGGUGACAGAUGGGCUGCCAGCCACCGCUCUUGGCUUCAACCCCCCUGACCUGGACAUCAUGGACAAGCUGCCCCGCAACCCCAAGGAGCCCCUCAUCAGUGGCUGGCUCUUCUUCCGCUACCUGGCCAUCGGAGUGUACGUGGGCCUGGCCACGGUGGGUGCAGCGACCUGGUGGUUUUUGUACGACGCCGAGGGACCGCAGGUUUCCUUCCAUCAGCUGAGGAACUUCAUGAGGUGCACUGAGGACAACCCCAUCUUUGAAGGAAUCGACUGUGAGAUCUUCGAGUCCCGAUACCCGACUACGAUGGCUCUGUCUGUGCUGGUGACAAUCGAAAUGUGCAAUGCUCUGAACAGUGUCUCUGAGAACCAGUCACUGCUGCGGAUGCCACCAUGGCUCAACAUCUGGCUGCUGGGGGCCAUUGUCAUAUCCAUGGCUCUGCACUUCCUCAUCCUCUACGUCAAGCCCAUGCCUCUCAUCUUCCAGGUAACCCCCCUGAGCUGGCCGCAGUGGGUGGUUGUAAUGAAGAUCUCCCUGCCCGUUAUCCUGCUGGACGAAGGACUCAAGUACCUUUCCCGCAACCACCUGGAUGGCAUUCUCAGGACGGUAAGACACACGUGGAGCGGGGAGCACCAGUUGAAAACCUGCAGGACUCCAGAGCAAGGAAGAGGACAAGAAAUGAAUGACACGAAGAAAACACUCCUACCUGAAGGAUCCCUAACUUGUAACUCGGACUGAAGUCUUGCAUGCGUGACCAUCGCUAGAAGCCAGCAGGACAUGCAUGUGUCCGACUAUCAGACAAAUGCGGGUGAAUCGUCGAAAAGAAAAAUACUGAUUUUGUUUUGUUUCGUAGCUUUCUUUUUCCUGUACAUAAGAGUGCAAUUACUGGACAGCUGGCGUAGGGUUUGGGGACGGAGCUGUGUGGACCUGGGUCGGCAUAAUGCGAUUCCUUGGGGAUUUGUUCCUGCAAAAUUUGAGAACCUCUUUCCAAUUUUCACCCUGACUGGGUGAGGUCAGGCAAGGUGUCCUUCAUGGGAGAUCAAGGCGGGGAGUCGGGAUUUUAGGGAAUACACUGAGUGCGGGCAGGAGGCUCCAUCCCCCAGCAGGACGGGAUGCGCAAGGGCAGCUCACGGGGCCGGGAAGGGCUUGGCGGUGGGCGAGGGCAGGGGAGGGGCCGUGUGUUGGGGUCACCAACCUUCGGUGAUAUCAGCGGUGUCGGUGGGCACAUCGCUGCAGCUGCUGUGCUCUGCUCUGUGGCUGCAGUGCCUGCGGGCUGCAGCAGCUGGGAGCAGCCUCACAGCGUGAGCACUGGUGGGGUGGGUCUCGCGGACGCGGGUUUAUACGUCAGGGUCAGGUGCAUGCGAUUGAAGGUGAAGCUCUCCCUCUUUAUCACACUGUCCUGUUUGACCCCCGUGUUGUGGAAAGCCUGCACCUUCUCAGGUUCAUCCGACACCAAAGCAUGACGUAGUCUUGUCUGUUCUCCUCCAGCCGGUGUCUUGUUAGAUCCCAUCUGCACUAUUUAAGCCGUAGCCCUCUUCCUCAUAGGGGCAACCAUUUAAAACAAAGCAUGGGAUGACCGACUUUGCAUUUCUCAUGUCUACCGGUCCCUCCUGGUCGCAUUUUCUUUCCUCAGUUGAUUUUUAACUAUUUUCUAGCAGGAGUAGAGCUUAACUCCUUAGGAGUUUACGCAAGAAACUUCCAUGAGUUCGUGUCCUCUGCUUCGGAGGACAUCGUUGUCUUGCACAGGGCAUCCUUGACACCAGUGAUCCACCUUUGAGACGGGAAUGAAUGUAUGCUUGUACAUAACGUCGUCCUUCUCCAUGAAGGUGUUGGUCAUGGCAUCCCUUUUUAUAAGGCACCAACUUUAUUUUAUCCUCUUGGGAUUUUUCUGCAGCAGGAGUGACACAGGCUGCAGCGAGGGUCUGUGGAUCAGGAGUGGAUUUUGGAAUCCAGUAAACUGAGCUUUCUCCAUUGAGCUGUUUUAGCUGAGAAGCUGAUAGCAAGUGGUUUCUUCUCCACCUCUCCAAAUCCACCCUUCUGUUUUCCUCACGUUCCCCUAUGAUCCGUCCUGGUGAUAUCUAGCUAGCCAAACCCUUUAUCUUUCCUUUCUCUUAAAUUCCAGCAGCAGCAGUAGAGACAGGGUUUUGGAUAGCAUUUUGCUCCUUUGCUGUUGGGUUUUUUCUUUUACUUUUUGCCUCUUAAAAGCUUCCAGUGCUUUUCUGUUUCUCUUUCACCUGGGCAAGAGUUACUCUUACUCUGUACAGUAGGUGCCAAUUGUCAUCCCUCCUUUCUUUUCUCCAUCACCAGCAUUGAAGAUGAGCAGAGCCCCCAGACCAAUGGGAAUGUACAGAAUUGUUAUACUACUGAGCUGAUUUAAUUGUACAGAAAACCUUGCAUGAAAUGUUGUUACUGUAUUUAAUAUAUAAUGUAUUCAAGGAAUUUUAAUAUGGAGCUCUUAAAAAAGAUCUUUAUAGAUACUCUGUGGUUAGAAGUUGCUGAUUUUUAAAAAAAUAUUAUUAUACUUUGUCUUGAAGUUUUAUUUUUUGAAUGUGGUCUAAUUGAUUUAAUUGGUGAUCCCACGGAGCAACCAAUUCCUCUUUAAAGAUUUUCACUAUGGAUGACACUGACCCUGGCACAGAGGACCAGGGCAUGACCCAGGUACUGCUUAAGCCUUCAAAAUAAGGCUUCAGUAAGGCUAACGCUGUCGAUAUGUUGUUUGCCAUUCCCUGAAAGGCUGGAUUUCACCUUAUUUUAGUACAGAUCAUCUCCAGCUCUCUGUGCUGGGAAAGAACCAGCAGGAAUUUAAUCCAGUACUAGAUCAGUGACUUCAGAGGAAAUUGCCUCUGUGUUUCCCUGAGGCUGAAAACCAGUUUGGGAGAGGCUGGACUGGAUUUAGAGCAUCUCAGCACUGUUUGUAGGCUCCAGCGGGGCUUUCAGCUGCCCGAUGGCUUCUCCCUGGGGCACGAUGGUGUGCGGCGACCUGCUUGGACCAUCCACUCUGUAUUGCACCACCUGAGUUACACUGAUCUCCCCGGGCUUAAGGUCUGGUGUAGGAUUAUUAACUUCACCCAAAUAUGUAUGUUUGUGGAGAAGUUUCUUGUAUAAAAGUCCCACUAAUGACUAUUGAAUAAUGGAUGGGAAUCUCCAAUGUGAGGAGACAGAAAAUAAAAAAAAGAAAGAGCUCUGUUUCAGAGCAGAGAUGAAGUAAUGAAAUUUUAACUCAUUGUUAAAUUCCUGCUGGUAAUUUUUGCUUAGUCUCACUUGACAGUGGAGAGGUGGAGGUGGUUGUAGCAGGCAUCCUUCUUAACCCACAAACAGAAUAGCUAUUUGAAGAGAUGCUGACUUUGUUAUCUUAUUGUUGACAGAGAUGCCAAGUUGAUGUUAUUUUGAUGGAGAUGCCACACUGCUGCGAACCUGGGCAAUGUCCAUCUGUUGGUGCAGUUACUGGGUUGCAGUUGUGAGUUACCAAAACCCAAGCCAUCACAGGCAAGAAACCAUAGCUGUGUCCCAGCCAAAGGCUUGUUCUUUCCAGCAGCGGCAAAUUGCACUUGCAUUUAUAUUGUAAGCCUCUAGAUCGACUAGAAAAUAGUGCAGGAAAUCUGCACCAAGGCUACCUGGAUCAGGCAUCCCCUUGCUAGGAGGGACCAUUUCCUCCUGUGAACAGUUGACCACAUCUCUCUCUUUCCUCCCAUCCUUUAAUUACUUGGAAUACAGGUUUCACUCCAUGCUUUUUGAUUACAGAGGUUUAUAAUUCAAAUAUUUUAAUGAAUUAGAAAAAUAGCUCUAAUUAUUUUUCCUUUAUGCUUUGGUGAAGGGUCAGGACAAAUCACGGAGUAGUUAUUUAUUACAUAUAUGCCACCAGCAGCGUGCUGGGCACUUUUACAAGCUAGAGCAUGUUCUUGUGCAGACUUGGAGAUCCCAGAGCCAAGACCAUCGCUUUGGGAUCAGGUCUUGUGUCUUACCAAUGCAUCCAACUGUGUGCAAUACAAGGGAGCUGGGCACUGGGUUUUGCCCAAGAACUUGUUAAAAAAAGCAGCUUAGGGGCAAAGCCUCUGGGAUCCUUGCUUUUUUGACAACGGAGUUUAGGAAUUCUUUCCUUUUUAGUUUUGUUUUGAUGGUGCUGCCUGGCAUAUUCAAAGUUUUGAAAUAAAACCUAGGUCUUUCCAGUCAGACCUUUAGCAUCGGUGAGCUGCUGUGACAGAUCCUCCACACACAUGGAAGCAGCGAUGUGAGAUGUACAACAGAGGAUGCACAGGGAUGGCAGCGUGGCGUGUCCACAAGCACUUUAUACUCCUUUCUCAGGGGCCAGGCACGUGCUGGGUUACAGCACCUGGGGGGGGGUCAGCUUUGGGCAGCAGCUGUGAAAAGUCUUUUGUGCUGUUUUGGGAUGUCAUGUCAUUGCGGCCAGUGGUGGAUGAGCUCUUCCCCUGUGGCGUGUGAUACCAUCAGGAGGCAUGUUGGAAAAGGAAAAAGAGAUGCUCUUCAGAGAAAAGAAGUACUGCAUCCUACAUUUUAUUUCAGUCGUGUGACCAGUGUAUGGCUCAGGGUCUGGAUGAGGUUUGUGUGUUUGAGAUUUUGGCACUGUGAAGAUGUUGUGUGUGUGUUUGUGAUGCUCUGCUCAGCCAAGGCUGGAUGGUGCCACCAGGUGCUGGAGAAGUCAGGAGGGACAGGCUUUACUAGAGGGGCUGGGGGACUUCAUUCCUGUAAGGGCAUCAAAUAUGGGAUUGUACUGGAGUCUCUGCUCAUGGUGUGGAUGGCAGAAGUAGCCAGAGGAGCAAUAGGAAAACUCAGCAGCAAUUUUUGGUCCCUCUUUUGUAUGUCAGGUUGGUAGUGCUGCUUCCCAGUCAGGGUCCUGCUCCACCAAAACUCAUCAAAUAAUUGCCGUGCAGGGGCUCAGGCUAAUGCUGACCUGGUCGAAGGGAGAUGUUCAUGGGGUUUAGUGACCUUGGCAUCAUAUCAGUCCUUGAACUUAAACACACAGGAGUCCCCAGUACCAACUCCUAAGAUUUACUGUGAAUUUUUGUCCAUAUGUGGCAUGGCCAUCACCUUGUCUGAAUGAUGCCAAGAUUCAGCCGUCCCUGUCCAGUCCCACCUGGGCUUUCUUUCCCUACUUCUGCAGUGGCAGUUUCUGUCAGGGCUUGUCCCUGGUGGGAAGACAGCCCAGGGUUCAGGUUUUGGGGACAAAGGAGAAGGGCUUCACUCCAUGCAGAGCUUGCAUGGCACAGUUUGGGUUAGAGUUUGCAGGGCUGCAGCGAGGGAGGGGACACACAAGGUAAACUGUGCUCCCUGUUCUUGUCCUCUCGGUGCCAUUCAGCUUUCGGUAUGAGUGGGGCAUUAAAUGAGCCUAAGUCUGUGUGCACCUGAAGCGAUGGGAACAUGGGCACCCCCGGCUGGCGUCCGAGCUGGGUCAAUCCGGGUGCUUGGGACCAAGAGGAGGGUGACUUCUGAGCUGCCAGCAGGUGCCCUCUGGCUUCAGUCUGGGAAUAUGCUGAUUUUUUUAUAUGAGAUGCCUGAACAGCCAAAUCUAGAAAUCUCUGAGUUUGUGCUUCGUAGCAAAAGGUAAAUCAUUAUAUCUUGGGGGGGGUGGGAGGGUGUUAUCUGAGGGGUAGAAUUGAAAGAAACAAGGUUUCCUAUUUUAUUAUAUGAGAGAUAUUUUUCCACUAAAUUACUGCUUCCUAAAUCAUGUCCUUUGUCCAGCUGUAAAUAGCCAGGUGUGCCGUGAAGAUGUGGGAAGGCUCCUCGUGGUCACAUCCAUACAAUCCACUCUGUUCACACAAUAUUGGGCUGAUUUGUUUUAUACUUAUGAAAUUACAGAAAUAAAAGCGAUUUUACUGGA